UAUUUGGCGAACGCAAUUUAACCUAGCUUUUCGAACGUCAGUAAAACGGCCAGCCGUCACCGCCAAGUUCCUUCUGUCAACCGGCACGGCACGUCAAAGAAGAGCUCUGAGCAAAAACAAAAGUGAUGUCAAAUCAAAAGUGAUUGAAUGUUUAACUUUUCAUAUAAACAAUACAGAUUUGUUUCUCUUGGUGCUUACUUAGAAAGAAUGGGGCGAAGAAACCGGAACGUUAAUAAGUUCGCUCAGAGGAAGCGCGACCGUAAAGAACAGGAGAAGAACCCUCAAGAGAAGCCAGCUGGUGAUACACGUAGACAUUAUGAAGAUAUUGUAAGAGAAAAUGCUGCUUUUGAAGAAUAUUACAAGACUCAAAAAGUAUGCCCUGAAGAGGAAUGGCCCACUUUCAUGAAGGCUUUACGAGACAAUCUACCAACCGCAUUCAGAAUCACUGGGUCCAAAUGUGAGGCCGAUGCCUUGCUCCGGAUUGUCAAGAGUGAAUAUUUCUCGGAACUGCUGAAUAUGAAGCUGAAGGUCGAGGGUACUGAUGAAGAAGAAGAGAUCAAGCCCAUCAAUUUACCAUGGUAUCCAUCAGGUCUGGCAUGGCAGCUCAGACUGUCCCGCUCUGACAUUCGCCGUAACGAAGCACUCUACCGCCUUCAUAAUUUCCUGGUAGCUGAAACAGCGGCCGGCGGGGUUUCAAGACAGGAAGCAGUGUCCAUGAUUCCACCAGUAGUUCUAGAUGUUCAACCACACCAUAAGGUACUAGACAUGUGUGCUGCCCCAGGAUCGAAAACUGCUCAAUUGAUUGAGUUUUUACAUGCAGAUGAAGAAAAAAUGCCUACAGGUUUCGUAAUGGCGAAUGACGUAGACAACAGCCGCUGCUACAUGCUGGUCCAUCAAGCCAAGCGGCUCAACUCGCCCUGUAUACUGAUCACGAACCACGACUCAGCUGUUAUGCCGUCUCUCACCGUCGCUGAUGAUAAGGAUUCGACUGUCGUUAAGCCGCUUAAGUUCGACCGCAUCUUAUGCGAUGUCCCUUGCUCGGGAGAUGCGACUCUUCGCAAAAAUCCAGACAUUUGGCUGAAGUGGUCUACGGGCAACGGAAAUAAUCUUCAUGGUAUACAAUACAGAGUACUGCGUCGCGGUUGUGAACUCCUAGCCGUCGGUGGGCGCCUGGUAUACUCCACCUGUUCCUUCAACCCUGUGGAGAACGAGGCGGUGAUACACAGGAUACUGCAAGAGUCCGGAGACAGUCUACAGCUGGUUGAUGUGAAGGAUAUGCUGCCUGGACUCAAGUUUCAUGAAGGCAUGACCCACUGGCGGCCGGCAUCCAAAGACAUGGUGUUCUACGAUAAAUACGAGGACGUGCCGGAGAAAUGGCAGACCGUGGUGCGACCGCAGAUGUUCCCGCCCAGCGCGGAGGACGUCGGGAAGUAUCACCUGGAAAGAUGUGUAAGGAUAUUACCGCACCACCAAGACACCGGCGGUUUCUUCGUCGCCGUGCUCGAGAAGAAAUCUCAAUUACCGUGGGAGAAAGAGAUAAAAGAUGCUGAAACUCCUAAAGAUGAGAAGAGAGAGCCGCCGAAGAAGAAAAGAAGAAUGGGCGGCUACAGAGAAGAUCCAUUCGUAUUCUUCUCUGGGGAACAAGAAAGUGUUUUUCCGUCCAUAAAAGAGUUUUACGAUUUAAAAUCAGAGUUUGAUCCGACUUGUUUACUCACACGAUGUUUUGUGGGUAAGAAGAAGAAUAUAUAUUUAGUGUCGCCGAUUGUGAAAGAUGUGGUGGCGAGGAACGAAGCUAUUAUUAAAAUUAUCAAUACCGGUGUCAAGACGUUUGUCAGAUGCGAUAAUAAGAAUAUGGUGUGCCCGUUUAGGUUAUCCCAAGAAGGUCUUCAGAGUAUAUCGCCACUGAUCGGUCAGAAGCGUCGUCUGCAGAUCCUCAAACACGACCUGAUACUGGUGCUCCAGAACGACAACCCCAGCAAACCCCCCGAACUUAAACUCUUCAGCGAGCAAACGCAAACUCUUGUCAAGGAUUUUGCUACCGGCAGCUGCGUGUUAGAAUACAGCGAUCAGGUAUCGAACCUGCGCCUGACGCUGGUGGGGUGGCGCGGCGUCCACUCGCUGCGCGCCUACACCGCCGCGGCGGACACCGUGCACUACCUGAGGUUGCUCGGAGCAGAUACAAGCAAAUAUGAUGUAAAUAAGUUCAAAAAAGCAUCGGAAGUGCUUGAAGCGGACGCCGACACGUCUGUAGCCACGGAAACAGAAACUGCGGAAACAGAAACGGGGGAAAUAGAAAUGGCGGAAACAACGUGCGAAAACGGCGCGAAGAACGGUGAUAUGCAGAUAGACGAAGUACAGAGUACUAGUGAAUUAUAGUAGGUUGUAAGUUGAUUGUUUGUUUAUUUUUACCCCACUUCAAAAUACAUAUAAAUACUUAAGUUUUAAUAGUAAAACGUACAUAUAA